AUGGCGGGCACGGCGAAGCCGAGGGAGCUGCUGAAAGCGCGGCGGGACGCGGGCAAGGCCGGGGCGCUGGGCCGGCUGCUGAGCACCUCGGCCACGAAGGUGCUGCUGCACAAGAUCGAGUUCCAGCCCGCCAGCCACGGCUUCUCCGGCCAGCCGGAGCUGCUGCGGGCCAAGUACCUGCUGCUCAACCCCCGCACCGAGCCCGCCGAGCACCCCCGCGGCGCUGAGGAGGGACAGCCGGGCAAGCAGGGCAGCGACCGGACCCCGGGGCGCCUCGGGGACGGCGUCCCUGCGCCCCAGAAGGGGCUGUUCCCUGCAGGGCGCCUCGCCAUGCAGUGGCAGCGUGUCCAGCGCAUCGGCGCCGGGCUGCUCAACCUGGGAAACACCUGUUUCCUCAACGCCACCCUGCAGUGCCUCACGUACACGCCACCGCUCGCCAACUACCUGCUGUCCAGGGAGCACAGCCGCACCUGUCACCAAAGCGGCUUCUGCAUGAUGUGCGUCAUGCAGAACCACGUCACGCAGGCGUUCGCGAACAGCGGCAGCGUGAUAAAGCCAGUGUCCCUUGUCCGAGACCUCAAGAAGAUCGCCCCGCACAUCCGCUUGGGCAGGCAAGAGGACGCACACGAGUUCCUCCGUUUCACCAUCGAUGCCAUGCAGAAGGCCUGCCUGCCCGACUGCACCGAGUUGGAUCGCCAGACCCAAGCCACCACCCUGAUCCACCAGAUCUUUGGCGGUUCCCUGCGGUCCCGUGUGAAGUGCUCGAUGUGCAAAGCAGUCUCGGACACCUUUGACCCCUGUCUGGACCUGCCGGUGGAGAUCACGCAAGCCGCAAACGUAGAGCAGGCACUGGAGCUGUUUGUGAAGCCAGACCUGCUGGGCGGAGAGAACGCCUACCUGUGUGACAAAUGCAAGAAGAAAGUGUCGGCAACCAAACGCUUCACCAUCCACCGAGCGCCCAGGGUUCUCACGCUUGCUUUGAAGCGUUUUGCCGACUUCACCGGAGGCAAGAUCACAAAGGUGAGUGCUCAGCAAUCCAGAGCGGGGCUGUGUCCUGUCCCGAGGCCCUGCUGCCCCGAGCAGGGUGGGAGGUGGUUCUGUGCGCGGUACGAGCUCUACCGCAGUCCUGCAGCCCUUCCCCAGCUGUGCUGUGCUGUGGACGUGGGCUACCCUGAGCUCCUGAACAUCCGCCCGUACAUGUCCCAGACCAGCAGGGAUCCGGUCAUGUACGGGCUCUAUGCGGUGCUGGUGCACUCGGGGUACAGCAGCCACGCAGGACACUACUACUGCUACGUGAAGGCCAGCGACGGGCAGUGGUACCAAAUGAAUGACAACGUGGUCCGCCCCAGUAACAUCAAGGUGGUCCUUAACCAGCAGGCGUAUGUGCUGUUCUACCUCAGGAUCCCCAGCCCCAGGAAGAGCUCAGAGGGUCCCGUUUCCAAAGCUGCCUCCAGCCUGCCUGGCCGUGUCAAGCUGCCUUCUGGGUCACCGUCACCCAAGCUGGCCCUGAAAGCCAAACGCGCGGCUGCAGCUUUUCCCGGUGACACAGCCCAGAGGUCCAAGAAGCCGCGCUCCUCGCAGCCGCCACCCGCGCCCAGAGCAGCUCCAGGACUUUGUGGCCCCAGUCACACCAGUGGGGCCAAAGCGCAGGUUCCCCGGAAGCGCUGCUGGGAGCCCGGGCCCCUGCCCGCCUCCCCUGGGCUGCCGGAGCCCAUCCCCAGCCAGGAGCCGUGGGGCAGCGGGGAGAACACCGGGACACCGGCAAGGGACCCUCGCAGCAGGGCUUCUGCCAGCCUGGUGCUGGCAAAGCUGAAAGCCUUCUUGUCGGCCAGGGCUGCUCCGCAGCCCAGCAGCACCAUGUCACCACCACCGGCCAAGAAGCUGGCGUUUUCCGACACAUAG